AUGACCCAACCAGAAUUUGUCAUUAAUGAAAGAACCAUGGGAGUUAUGGGACAAGAUUCUAAAGGCAAUCCUAAAUAUUUUGAGAAGGCCAGUUUUUCAAUAACUCUUCUGAAACACGUGGAAGCAGAAGCCCAGGACAGUGGUUUUUUGUCAUUAGUGAAGUGCUCCAUUACUGGCAAAGACAAGUAUGUUACACUUUUUAUUAUUGUAUUUUUGUCAACUGAAAGUUAUUGACAAAUUAUUUCUGGAUUCACUUCUAACUUCCUCAUUAAAGGUGUGUCUGAGAAAACGGGGCAGAACGGAAAAAAUGUAGGAAGAAGGGGGUUCGGCAGAUCUCUGUCAUAGUUAUAUAUGUUCUGGUAUGCAUUUAAACUAGAGUUUCUGGAAUACGCUGUCAAAGUUGACCAAAAAUCACAACUUUCGUCACGCCACUGAGGCUAUUUUUAUUUUGUUUUAUUUUUUUCCGGUUAACAUAAUUAUUCAGUAGUAGUAAUAAGAUAAAAUCUGUCAAAUUCAAUUUUGCCAAAAAAGCACUCUUCUGACUUGGAUUUUAUGUAGAACAUGUAGAAAUUGGCUUGUCUAUCUAGUCAUCAUAAACUGACUUGAUUAAUAGUUAACACUUACAAAGAAGCGAUUGAAAAUUCUGGGAGUUUUAACAAUGUAGUUCUAAAGCUAAAUUGGAAUUUCUAGAGGGGAGAGAGGUCAUAAGAACCUCCCUUUGCAUGGGAGUGGGGGGAUACGUUUAUUUUCUAAAAUCAUAUAUACUUAACUAACAAUUGGUAUUUUUCCUAAUUAUAUCCAGGCAAUGUUUCUUCAGGGCACAGAAAGUAAUUAUCGGAGGAGUGAACAAGUUCUUGGAGGAACUUAAUUCCUCUUUCGGCCCAGGAGUACUGAUGUGCAACUUCGAAAGUGGAGAAUUUAGAAUGUUUCUGAAAAUGAUUAUGUCAUCUUACUUCCGGUGAGUAGCAGAAUAUUGAGUUGUGUCUACACCCUUGAGUCCUUUUUUUCAAGGAAAACCCAUGUGGCUCUAGAGAUUAAAAGCUUUCAAUUUAAUAUGGACGUUAAGGCUAACCAAUUUCACUUGCACAGUUUGGCAUAUGUUACUUUAUUUUACACAUACACCAAGCUUUUCAUUUGGUUUUGAUAGAGUCACUUACCGUACGGUCAUGAUUCAAGACAGGUCCAGCUCCCAUUGACAAAGUUUUUUUUUUUUUUUAACAGAAACUGUGCAAAUGAGAACCGCUGCGACAGUUUCAAAGCUGCUACCACGCUUGGCAGACCAAAAGAUAAUUUGAAGGUAUGGGUGAUGGGAGAAGUGCAAGUGAACAACCUUGGGGAAGUGGUACCAGAAGAUGCCAGGGAAUAUGUCUACAUUCCAGAGUUGACGGCAUCAAGGAUCAAGCCUCCUGAGUUGGUGCUCCCAUUCAAAAAAGAAGCAUUGAAUGGUGUCUUCUCUUCUUUGAAAGACACCAUUCACCACAAUUACAUGGGAGGACUUGUGGCAGUGGGUAAGAAUUAAAUUACCAUUUUGUAAACUUUAUCAGACUUAAACCAGAAACCUGUUGUUUUUAAACAUCUGGGUCCAGUACUGUUGUUCGAAAGGUUGAUAGUGCUAUCCACUGGAUAAAUCUCUAUUCAGAGGAUAAUGUGAUUGGUCUCCCUAAUACUUGUCCACCAGAUAGGGAUUUAUCCAUUGGAUAGUGCUAUCCAACGUUUGAACAACUGGGGCCUGAUGAAAAUUGGUCAAUAACAAUAACAAUAUAAUUUUUGUCUCAUAAAUAGAAUAACUGGAUGCUUGCACGUGAUAUCUUAAUUAACAAAAACCUGCCUUUUUUUUAUAAAAAUCUUUCAAAUAAAAUCUGUCAAAUUCGUCAGUUGCCAAAUAGAGAUUAUUCCCAAAGCCCAACCCUCUACUAAAUGAAAAAAGAGGCUGAAAAAAACAAAAAUAGUCUUCUGACUUAGAUUUCAUUGAACUUUGGGAUUAUCGUGACGCAACUUCAUGAAAACAUUUUUUUCUUUAGCUGGGCUCUGCAUUGGGCUGCAUUAUGAGCAAAUCAUAAGGGAGGGGUACCACUGCCCCAUUCCUGUCAUUUGCGGUGAGCAUCGCCUUGGAAAGACAAAGAGUGCUAGAGUAGCUCUCCGGCUGAUGGGCAAUGACCAUCACUUCUUUUCUUCUGCGAGGGAACGGUUCAUCCCACACCUUUGCUCACGAUCAUCCUUCCCUCCAGUGUUGGAUGACUUGAAGAAUGCCCAUCAGCUAGGGGAGAUUGCUCUAGCAUAUUAUGAUGGUGGCAAGGACGGUACAUGUGCAAAAGAAAUGGAACCCAAGACGUGUCCGAUGGUGACCAUGAAUUGGGAGGCACUCGACGGCCUAGCUCAGGACUAUAGGUAUGGUUUAAUGUUAUAUUUAAGCCCAAAUUUGCUAACAAUUGUUUAAUUAAAAGCUUCUUUAUUCAUCAUCAGGUUUCAUUUGAGCAGGCGUCUUGUGAGCAAGUUAAGAACAGAACUCACUAGCCCAAUAAUAAAAUCACCUUGCCCUGGGCUAUCAGACAGUUCUUUGUUUGCAUGCUGCCCAUGCAUAUAUGUGCAUCUGAAAUAAAAAUUUAAAGAGACACUUAUCCACUAAGAAAUCAACCUAUUAUAGAAGGCACAUUUUUGACACAAAGUUUUUUUUUUCUCCAUAUUCAGGGUUGCCAGUCGCCUAACAUUCAUCCCCUUUGUCGUGGGACCACGUAGUCCAAAUGGACUAGAGCAGCAGCAGCAAGCUGAAGCCACAUGGAAGGCACGAUACGAUGAAGCACCCAUGGCAUUGGGCCCACUUCUGGCCAUCAAUGUGGCUGACGUGAUAGAACAAGGGAAAUGCCUAAAGCGUGAAAUAGCAGGCUUGUACCCGGAUGUUGAUGACCGUAUUUGUGAAAACUAUGGAAUCCUUCUAGCUAUGGCAAGCGAGGUAAAGUAA